GUUUUCCCCUCUUCUAUCUCUCUCUCUCUCACAGAACUUUCUCAUCAGAAAUUAUAGAUAGAGUGAGGACGUAGAUACCUUCAAAAAUGGCUUCCGUGGAAACAUCCAAGAAUGGAGCAUUACCAGUCUCUAACCCUCGUAGCAGCAAAGAGAACUCGAUCAUGACCAAAAAAGGUGCCUAUGCUGCCAUUUCUUACAUGGCUUGUGCAGUUCUCUUGGUAAUGUUCAACAAAGCAGCCCUUUCUUCUUACCAUUUUCCAUGUGCAAAUGUUAUCACACUUUUUCAGAUGAUAUGUUCAUGCUUAUUUCUCUAUGCUUUGAGAUGCUGGAAGGUAAUUUCUUUCACACUAGAUGAACCGCAGAGCAUGGAUAACCACUUGGCAACCCUUGUACCAUUAAAGACAAUGCUUAACACCCUUCCCCUGGCACUAUCAUACUUGGUUUACAUGCUGGUCUCAAUGGAAUCUGUCCGUGGGGUAAAUGUUCCUAUGUACACCACCCUCCGACGAACAACUGUGGCUUUUACAAUGCUUGUGGAGUAUAUUUUGGCAGGGCAGAAGCAUUCACUUUAUGUUGUUGGCAGUGUAGGGAUAAUAAUAGUUGGUGCAGUUAUUGCUGGAUCUCGGGAUUUGUCUUAUGACUUCUACAGCUAUGCUGUUGUUUUCAUUUCAAAUAUCAGUACAGCAAUAUAUCUAGCCUGUAUAGCCCGUGUUGGAAAGUCCAGCGGCCUUAACAGCUUUGGUCUCAUGUGGUGCAAUGGAGUAAUAUGUGGACCAAUCUUACUACUCUGGACAUAUAUUAGAGGCGACCUGGAAAUGACUAUAAGUUUCCCUUAUUUAUUCUCCUAUGGUUUUCAGGCCGUGAUGCUUCUGUCAUGUAUUAUGGCUUUCUUAUUGAAUUACAGUGUAUUUUUAAAUACAACAGUCAAUUCAGCACUCACGCAGACAAUAUGCGGAAAUCUAAAGGACCUCUUUACAAUCAGUUUUGGUUGGGUACUGUUUGGGGGGCUUCCCUUUGAUUUGCUGAAUGUUGUUGGCCAAUCUCUUGGUUUUCUUGGGUCCUGUCUCUAUGCUUACUGUAAACUUAGAGGGAAGUAAGCAUUAGAAUUAGAGCCCUGAGUAGGGUUUGCCUCUCUCGGCUGACAGAUUUUGAUAUAAUGAUCACAGGUUUGUGGAGAAUGGUAAAGUAAUCCAAUAAAUAGAAAUUUCUCAGCAUCAAAUGUAAGUGGAUU